AUGUCAUCCAGCAACAAAAACAAGGACAACUUCGUCGACAAGAUAGGUGGAAGGCUGUGUUGCUCUAAAAAUGAUAUGGAGAUCAGUAAACUCAGAAAGGAGAACGCAUAUCUCAGGAAGUCAUUGGAUGAGCUGUGUCCUCAGAAAGGAGAACGAUCAGAUUCUGGAAAUAACAAGCUUUUAUUAAAGAAAAUCCUGUCACUGGAGACUCUACGGGAGAAGAACGCUCAGCAGCUGCUGGCCAGAGACCAGGAAAUCUGCUCUCUUUGGCAGCAGGCCCAUGCGGCAGGGGGUGAGACAGCGGCCGGUCUACAGGCCCAGAUAGACCACUAUGUCAGGGAGGCCGACCAGAGAAAAAAACUCUUCCAGUCACUCCAAGCCGAGACAGAGUACGUUAAGAACAAGCUGGUGUCCGUGUCUGCUAAGUGCCAGGAGCUGGAUAGUAGACCUGGCGCUGAUGGACAGGUACUCACCACCAGUACUGCGAAGAGCCACGAACACCUCAGAGAUGCCCUGGAAAAGAACCAGCAGUGGUUGGCCUACGACCAGCAGAGAGAGGCGUACGUGAAGGUGGUGUUGGCCCGGGUGUUUGGGCUGGAACAGCAGCUGAACCAGGCCAAGCAGGCCCUCGCACAGCAGCAUAAAGACACCCAUUCAGAGGAGAGGUCAGUGCAGAUACAGAAGCACUAUGAGAAAUUGUUACUGAAGAGCAAGAGGGAGCUGGAAACUCAGAGAGAGCAGGUCAAUACAGCCCAGAGACAACUGUCUGAGCUGCAGUGUAGGUAUGACGAGAAGCAGAGAGAGGUGGGAGAGGUGAGGCAGCAGUUCCAGGCGGAGAGGCUGAGUAUCCGGCAGAGUGUCCAGAAGGAGAAGCGUCGCUCUGGGGACAGAGAGGGCCAUCUGUGGGGUGACAUGGAAGAGCUCCAGGUUAGACUAGAGGAAAAGGAGACCAGGUCUGCUGAGCUCCUGGUACAGGUGAAUCUACUGCAGAAAUCCCUACUAAGCCUGCACGAGGAGCAGAAACGCGUCACAAUUCUGGAACAGCAGAUCCAGGUGUCUGCCAAAGACCUGGAGGAUGAGAAGCGAGACUGUCAGUAUUUACAACAACAGCUCCACAAGGUGUUAAAGGAGUUACGCAAGGCAAAGGACCACGUCGCCAAACUCGAGUCAGAGAAGGGGCAGAGGGAGUUGUCCCGCCUGUACGAGGCCAGCGCUCACUGCAGACCCCCAGCACCCCUGAAGCCAUCCAAAGAGAGCAUCACCUCCCACUCUCAGGUCCCCAAGAUGCUAGACGAGAGCUUCUUAGAGUGCCCCAGCUGCCGAGCCCAGUACCCCACCAGCCACCACCGAGAGCUGCUGGCCCACCUCGAGCACUGUCUGUAA